UCCAACACUCAAGCCUCGAAGUACCUGCUGCAACCUCUGAUAAGCUUUGGAAAUACCCAAAAUGUUCCUUAAGGCAGUCGUUGUAUUAUUGGUGAUCGGAGUGGCAGUGUCUUACCCGGAUGUAUAUGAACCUGUCUAUUACCCGGAGCCUCUGCCAUACUACUUCAACUACGACGUCCACGACGACUACAAGGGAACGCACUUCGACAGGAACGAGAAAUCCGACGGCAAGGCUCUGCACGGCUCCUACACCGUCGCCCUCCCAGACGGCCGCAAACAACACGUUGAGUACAAGGCCGACCACUACAAGGGCUUCGUGGCCAAGGUCAGCUACUACGGCAAGGCCAAGCACCCCAAGUACUACGGCCCGGCCAUCACCUUCAAGCACAAGGGUGAUGAUUACCACUAAGUCCAACCAUGUUGUUAAAGCUAGUUGUUUUGCUAUUGUUUUUCACUACCAUCAAUAUAAAUGACAAUGAUGUACCUACCAUAUACUUCUUUUAUUUGUUCUCCCAAAUGAAAACUGAUAUAAAAUUGCAUGGAUGUAUCUUGGGUUAUCAGCUUUUACAAAACAAUAUAAAAUUAGAAAACAAAAAUGAAACACUUUUUCUCAUUCUCAAUUUUUUUUUUCAUUAUCAAAAUCUGACUUAAUAACCUAGAGAUUUUCUUGACAUGAAAAUAAAUC